AUGGAGAAGAAGGAGGAAAAUGAGAUGGUCUGCGAUACAUUUACGAUAAUGCACUAUCCUAUCGAAAAUCAACCCAACAAUACCAUCCAUAAUCUACCACGCAAUGGAAAGGGCGUUUCCAACACAACGGAUGGGGCCAACGAGCAAGAAGUUCUUAGUCGGAUCAAAUCUAGAGUUGCUUUGAUCGAAUCCUCCUCGGGAGAUAGGCAGUUGGCGAGCGCCUUGUCUCAAGGCAGCAACAUCCAUCCUGCCGCUCAGUUGGUCGACUACGAGCCUUACAUCAAUCCAUUUACAGGUCAACAGUUCAUACCUAACUGCCUUGAUGAGCCAGGCCCGUCAUAUCCUACAAAGAGGGUCCCUUGUACUUUGAUUGCAAGUCGGCUCCAUGCAAUUGAACACAAACAUAAAGCCUCCAGCGGCAUUCCACGAUAUGCCGAACCUCCUGUUUUCGUAAAUUCUGCCAAACAUCGCAACCUCCAUUCCCCACAAGGUCUCUUACAUACCAGAUCAAAAGACCCAACCUCAGAGGUAGCUCCGUGCGACACAUUGUCGGAAGCUUUUGGCGGCAGUCCGUUACCGUCAGAAAACACAGCAUACGCCCCCAAUGCAUGUACAAAUGUGAGUAUGUCGCUCAACCCGAGUAGUGCUAGAUCUCACCUCGAUCUGCCUUGUCCAGCUGGGAAUCCGAGGCAGGCAUAUGAAGAUAAUCAGGGAAUCGAGCCUUCUCUGCAGGAAUCCGAGGAGGAAUUGGCAUUAAGAGGAUGGAAUAGAGAAUGGAAAAAUCAUGUGGCUGCAACAAAGGGUAAACAUCAUACGGGGCUGAAGGCGAUGCCUGAUGGGCUGCGGGCUGACCUUCCAGAUUCGAAACAGCAGCAUCAAUGCGAAGUGGAUCGCAGUUGUACCAUGAAACUUACUGGGGACGUUCCCCAAGACCAUCAGAUGCUUCUCAAGGCCGAGACAAGCCGUUUGUCGGAGGAGAGAAAAGAAAUGCAGGUGGACCAGGACGAGACCGAUCGGCGAGACCAAGAAGAGAUGAAGGCUACAUUCGAGCAGAUCCACAAGUAUCAAGACGGAUGGAAUCGGGAAGUCGACUUGAUUGUUCGCCAGGAGCAUGGUACGGCACGGCAGGUCGCGGCGAGGGAAGAAAGGAGAGAAGAAGGACAGGCACCAGAAGAGAUGAGGCGCUUUCAAAGCCAAAUGCAGACAGAGGACGACCGUAUGUUCGAGACUAAUCAGAAGCUAGCUCGCGCUUUCUCCGAGAUUGAGAAUGAGGCAGGACUUCCGCCGGACAAGCAGGGACACCCACUUCCCACCUGGACGGAGCAGUCACUUUAUCCGGAGACGCCUUGUCCUUCAACAUGGCCGGAGAGAGAAGGAAACGCACAAGACCAGAGUUGGGGGGUCAAUCCAUUUCGAUGGCUGAAAAAGACACUCCGACUGGCGCUUAGCUUAUUACCAGCACCAGUCCCGGCUGACAUAUCUCAUCAGGGUCAAGGCAUCAAGGCACCUGACGGCUCCGAUAGCACUGGACGUGCCGGCGAAACUUCAGGAAAGUGCAGGCUGCCAACAACGGACAGGGAGCAACCAAGACAAGAAGAACAAAUGAGGAAGCAAUUAGCCAAUGUAGCCGAGUGCAGCGUGUGCGCCGACUUGGCUCCCAAGGACCAGAUGUGCCGGUUUGGAUGCAAGCAUUACUACUGUCGCCACUGUCUGGAGACAGCGGUCCAAACAGCAGUCAAAGACAGGAGAGUGUUCAAAUGUUGCAGGAAACAGGCCGAGCCGAGUGUUGUCUGUCGGUGGCUUCCCGCGCAAGUUCACAGCGCGUACACGGCCGUGGUCGAGGAACUAACGACCCCCAACCCGACGUACUGCCAUAGUAGGAGAUGCUCAGCCUUCAUCCCUCCGGUCCAGUACGUCGGCGACACGGCACUGUGUUCCCAGUGCUCGACCGAGACCUGCCGACUGUGCAAACAGAAGGUACAUCCUGGAGUCGUAUGCGAACAGGACAGCGGAGGCCAAGCGUUGCUGCGCCUGAGCAAGACCAGGAAGUGGAUGCAGUGCCCGAAUUGCAAGAACAUGGUGGAGCGGAGCGCGGGAUGCCUCCAUAUGAUUUGUCGGUGCGGGAGUGAGUUCUGCUACAACUGUGGGAAGUCCAGCUGGCGGUGUCGCGGGGACAAGUGUGCUCGAGGGUGA